AUGCGAUACCCUAGACGUUUCACACUAGAUCAAUGGGAUUCCUUGACGAGUACCAUUAAGAAACCAAAGUUGAUCACAUUUGAUGCAUACAACACGCUCUAUGCAACGACACUACCCGUAAUGGUUCAGUAUGCUAAAGUUGGUAAAAAAUUUGGUAUCGACACAAGUGCACAAGAGUUGACAUCGCGGUUUCCUAAAGUGUUCAAGGACCUUAGGGACAUACAUUCGAAUUAUGGCAAGCACACAGGUCUGAGUCCCACGCAAUGGUGGGAGCUGCUAAUUUCCAACGUGUUUGCGCCUGUCAAGGUUCCUAAGAACAUGAUAUCUGAGAUUUUGCAUCUUUUCGAAGGUCGCGAUGCUUAUACCGUCUACCCAGAUCUCUUAGAAUUGUUAAAGGUUCUUCGAGGGCGUUUUCCAGAAACCGUUUUGGCGGUUGUGAGUAACACAGAUCCAAUCAUGUACAAGUUGAUAAAAAAUCUCGGGUUGGAACCUUAUUUCGACAGUCAUAUCUACUUGUCGUAUGAUCUCGAAGUUUCCAAGCCAGAUGGCAAGUUUUUUGACGCAGUUUUACGGGAUGUUGCAGGUCGUUGUCCAAGUCUGGCAACAAUACAAGAUUUAGAGGAACUCAAGUCUUUUUGUUGGCAUAUCGGGGACGAAGAGGCCAACGAUUUGAAAGCUGCGAGUGCAGCAGGAUGGAAUGGGGUUUUACUCGACAGGACAGAUAAGUACAAGCAUUUUUCAGAGACCGGAAAAGCUGAAAAACGUCCACUUCGUCAACUUUAUGCAGACAAAAUUGACAACGAUGCAUCAGAAAGCUGGGAGGCGUCGCUACAACAAUCUGAUAUCGUACAAUUGUCAAAUCGCGAAUAUGUUGUUGCGAAUUACGCGACACUUUGUGAACUGCUUUUCAAGAAAGAUAGUACAGCUGAGGAUUUGAAAAAGAACAUCAAAAGUCACUGA